GUGUACAAUAAGUCGACGGCAGUACUCGGACGUGCUGAGAAAAAAAGAGCAGUUCCGACAGAUAAAAUUGUGUCAAAUUCAAAUGCACUCGCAUUCGAAAGAUCGGGGAUGUGCGGCGCUGAGCGAGUGGGAGUAAGAUUGUAUACAAGAAUCGAGGGAAUGAAUGGGGGAGGGUAAAAUGAUUCGACGCCGCGGAAAUUGAUUUCGUCAGUUUAGCUUACGAGAUCUCGAGAGACGAUCUCUUUCUUGAGAGACGCGUGUAGAGACGCGCGCGGUCACGACGAAGAUGGGAAUCGAGAAGAAACAGUCGAUUCAAUUGGAAGAAAUUUGCUCGAAAAACAGGGCAUCCGAAUCGAAAGGGGCUGAUUUUGAAACAGCAGUAACUACGUGUGGAUAUGGAAAGUUCCAUUAUCUACUAUUCCUAGCUGUAAUUCCGGCAUCAUGGGCUUCUGUGCUCGACAGCUCGAAUAUGUCGAUGAUUUUGCCAUCGGCUGAGUGUGAUUUGCAAUUAUCGUUAUUCCACAAAGGAAUACUAAAUGGUAUCACAUACGCAGGUAUGGUCAGCAGCGCCUUAAUUUGGGGCUUUAUUGCAGAUGUAAUGGGAAGACGGCGUAUUUUGGUAUAUGGAUUUUUCGCUGAUGGGAUAUGUAAUAUUCUCUGUGGAUUAUCGCAAAAUUUUGCAACCAUCGUUUUUUUCAAGUUCAUGAGCGGAUUUAUCAUCAGUGGACCCUACGCUACGAUAAUGACUUAUUGUGCCGAAUUUUAUUGCACCAAAGACCGACCUAGAGUGACACUAGCAGUUGGUUUCACGUGUUUCGCUGGCUGCAUUGUUAAUGCUGCAUUGGCUUGGAUUAUAAUACCUCAAAAUUGGCACUUUGAAGUUGGGGAUAACGCGUUCGUUUACAACUCCUGGCGGAUCUACAUUACGUCAUGUGGGAUACCAAUAUUAAUCGGGGCGUUGGGUUUAACCUUUUUUCCCGAGAGUCCAAAAUUUUUGAUGAGUCAAGGACGAAAUGAAGAAGCAUUAGAAGUUUUUAAAACAAUGUAUGCCGUGAAUAAUGGCGUAUCCAAGGACACUUACCCAAUAAAAUUGUUAGAAAAUGAAUUAAUCGACCAAAACGGUAAACAGAAAGAAAUUGUUGAACAAAUGGGAGGAACAGUACUUAAACCAAAAAGUCUGAAAAUUGUCAUCAGUGACGGAUUUCUUCAAAUGAAACCAUUAUUUAUGGGUUCAUAUUUUGCUAGAUUGUUUUUGGUAGUUCUAGUACAGUGUGGUGGAAUGCUUUGUGCUAAUACUCUUCGCCUGUGGCAACCUCAACUUUUUGCUACAUUGAACAAUUUUCAAAAUGGAACAAGCGGUGGAUUGAAUUUUACCUUUUGUGAAAUAUUGGAUAACUCAACAUCCAAUUUACCAAAACCGAUUAGUCUUGAUGCUAAUCUAACAAAAUCCGUCGUUUGUACAGUGAAACCAGUGGACAAUAGCGUUUACAUGUUUACUAUAUUAGUUUCCACAACGACAAAUGUCUGCUUGUUCUUAGCAGCAGCUUUGGUUAAUUUAGUGGGCAACAAAAAUCUUUUACUAAUCUGUUUUGUUUUAUCAACUUGCGCUGUGCUUGUUCUUAAUUGGGCAAGUCAUUACACGUUUAUAAUAGUACUUACUUCCUUAUUUGUCGGACUAAUGUGUACAACGACGAAUUUAGUUAUUAGCGUUACUGUAAAUUUAUUUCCUACGUCACUGAGAACAAUGGCUGUGAGCUUAGCGAUGAUGAUAGGGCGGAUUGGAGCCCUAGCUGGAAAUAUCACAUUUCCUGUGCUUCUCGAUAGUGGAUGUUUUGUAGCUAUAGCAGCAUUAGCUGUAAUUCUCAUAGUCUCUGCUGUGCUCACAUUAUUUAUUCCUAAGCACAAGGAAAAUGUGAAAUAAGGAAUAUCAUCAAGGACAUAAAGGGAGAAAUAUGGAAUCCACUACUUUUAACAAUGCCAAUGAGGUCGACAAUGCUGAACAAUGUCCUACUGUAUAUUAUUUCAGUUUACAUCAAAUAUUGCUUGUUUGGGUUAUAUGUGAGUAGUAUACUUUAUAAUUACGAAUCAUUCCAGUACUGCAUCCAUAAAAUCCAUAAUUCUAAAAUCGCUAUUAUAACGUUCGUAGUUACAGUUAAACGAGAUUUGAAAAUUCUGAAAAUAUUAAACGAAAAUUAAAUACGAUACCUUAAAAAAAGGCGACAAUAAAUAAACCACGUAAAAACACUCGUAAACAUACUGUAAUCUAUGACAACUAGCACAACUUUGAAAAAUCUUAUUUAUAAAAUUUACCAAUUUCAGAAUAAGACUCUAAAAAUGGCAAAUUAUAGAAUAGGUAUUUUAUGAGCAGUGCUAGUCUUUGUAGAGUUUGACGAUAUAAUCAUUAAGCGAAGUAAGUGAAUUGUAAAUAUCAUUGUACAGAUUAAAAAGUAUAAUUUUUAUGUAAAUACAUUAUCAUACAUGUCUGAAUAUAUUGGGCGUCAUACAAAGCUCACUUGUCUGUCGAAUGCUUGAGUUUAUAAUCAAUGAAAUUCAAAAAUUAUAGUUUUACAAGUAUAAUCUAUGUCUUGUGCAUUUACCGUCAUUUAUAAUUGAAUUAAUUAUUAUAAAAAAGUAUGUCAUUAUAAUUAUUUAUUUUGUUUCGGAAAGCUACAGUGAAACAUUUAGAUUGUUGGUUAAUUCUUUAAAAAUAAAUUAACAAACAUGUAUCACAAUAACGCACUUUUACUACAAACGUUGUUGGUAAUAUAUUCCAGUUGUGUGUUUAAUUUUAUUUAUAAUAACUGCUUGAUCAUAUUUUCAAAGUAUAUUUCUUAUAUAGUAAACUUAUGUAAUUUAUUUUACAGUCUACUGCAAUAAGCUAAUUACAAUUAAUAGUUUAAUGAUUUUUUCUGCCAUUGGCAUAUUUGUUGAUCAAAAUUCUGAUUAUCGUUCGUUCCGUGUGAAAUAGAUAUCGAAAUAUUUUUACUUUGAGUCACAGAAUUAUUGGUUUCAUAAAAUCACGCUUCAAGCAACUAGUCACUUUUGAAAACGUGUUUUUAUACAUCCCCUAUUAGAGCUAAUGUACUUUUUGAAAUCAAACGAUUUAGGAAGCCUUCUGCUUUCAGCAUAAAGUGAAUAUUACAGUUGUUUUAUCGAACUGCAUAUUAUAAAAAUAAUAAUUAUAGUGCAUUGUAUAUCAAAGAAUUAAGUUGUAAUUUCUACCAUAUAGUGAAGCAAGUUAUGCGUUAGUCGCGUUUGUUAAAAGAAAAUCAAUUGAUAUUAAUGAGCCCCUCCACGAACAUCCAAUAUUGAUUCAGUGACGUUUUGAUAUUCAUAUACCUAUCGUACUACUUAGCAAUUUCUUACGUCUUAAGUGUUUAAACCUACAUACAUCACUACAAUCGUUUUGAAAAGAUGUAAUUCUUUUUUCCCUUAUUAUGAUCCACGAUAGAUUUUGAAAAUGUAAAUUAAUUUUUACAAUGACUAUUCAAGUGGAAAAAAAUACUUAUAGAAUAUCUGACUGUAAAGAUGGUAAAUUAUACAGAAAAGGAAAUGGUCAAGACAAUUACUUUAUCAUAAAAGUGUUUUAUUAGUUGGUGUAAUAAAAAAUAGGCGAUGUAUUGCUAAGUUUAUAAAAAGAACUUGUACCAUGUAGGGAACGUACUAACGGAUGGACGAGAAUUCUUAAACGUAAUCGAAGUAUCUUCUUCUGCUCAAUUAACCUUAUGUAAUAUAUCUGACGUAAAUCGGCAUGUGUUAUAUGUGUAUCUUUGAAAAUCUGUAAUUUACUCGACGAAAAAUGCAUGAAGUAUGAAUUAAUAUUUUAAAUCGUUUAUUUUAGCUAUGUAUGAGAAUUCGAAUUUCGUUAUAUAUAACUAAUGAUUUACGAGAGUGCUAGAGUAGGUUACUUUUUUAUAAAAGGAUAAAUGUCGCAGAAUAAAAAGAAUACUAUACGUAAAACUAAAUUCUAAAGAACUGUCAUGACGUCGUGAAACGUAAUAAAAUAAAAAUUGAUUAUGAUGUUUUUGA